GGAGACUUUUGACCUCUGCUUGCCUCGUAAAAGGACAUCACGUCCUCCUGUUCCUGCUACUCGGCCCACUCCUCCGACGCAGGGCAGAAAAUUUGUCAGUGCGUCCAGACCGCCUAAACCCCACAGCACAGAGCAGACGGCUCGCCCCCCCGCUGCUCCAAACGCUAAGCCAUGGGGAAAGCAGUCAUUCGCGGCAGCGGCUGCAAAGUCCAGAUCCGCUAACCCCUCCGCCAAAAAGAAGAGGGACUCCUAGGACGCUAUGUUUGGAGAGGAGAGACGGGCAGCACCUAGGGUUUUCUGCGAUGUCUUCUCCACAGUCCGCCACGGUUGUUUCCCCACCCGCAAAAAUGCUGAGGAGGUGGAAUUUGGGCGGAGAAAUGGUUCAGAGUUGUGUUCAGGCCAGUUCAGCUUCCCCUCAACACACAAUGUUCCGUGGAUUGCCGACGGCAGUUCCACAAGUUCACGUGCAGAGCAUUCGGCCACCAUGCGGUCUGCCGAGUUCAGGCACACGUUCGCAAGUGCGUUGUCACAAAGCACUUCAUUCCCUGUGUUCAUGGCAAAUAAAAAAUGCCCUGUCGCAUCCAGGCUCAAUGCCGAGGGCGCAGAAAGCCAAAAACAAAAUAAAGACACAAAGAAAAGCGAAAGCUCAAAGCCGAGAGACGGGCCAGUCUCUGAGCCAAACAGAUUCUGGCCAAAUUUCUCUCUGGCCACAAGAGGGCGCCAGCACUCCAUCAGUGGGGCCGGUUCGGCAGCAGCCUCUGUCUCUUCACCCGGAGGCCUGGAUAGAGUGUUCUCCGCACCCGUGGGUCCUCGCAACCGUAACCAGGGGUUACAGGCUUCAGUUUGCUGGAAAACCCCCUCCUUUCAACGGGGUUAUAGCAUCUGUGGCAAACGAGGAUUCGGCUCAGGUGCUGGAGGCAGAGAUAUCCUCCCUCAUGGGGAAGGGAGCUAUAAGACGAGUUCCAGUGGAGGAAACUCAGACGGGUUUUUACUCACGUUACUUUCUAAUCCCAAAGAAAGAUGGGAGUCUGCGCCCAAUACUGGACCUGCGUGCUUUAAACAAGCACUUAAGGAAGUACAAAUUCAAGAUGCUCACAGUAGGAGCUCUCACUCGUUCGAUCCGCCGGGGCGAUUGGUUCGCCUCGAUCGAUCUCAAGGAUGCUUACUUUCAUAUAAGCAUCUAUCCAGCACACAGGAAAUAUCUCAGGUUUUCCUUUCAGAACGAAGUGUUCGAAUUUGUUACUCUUCCAUUCGGGCUCAGUCUAGCUCCGCGGGUGUUCAGCAGAUGCAUGGAAGCAGCGCUGUCUCCGCUGAGACACAAGGGUCUGCGCAUAUCCGCUUAUCUGGACGAUUACCUGAUAUGCGCCCGCACACGCGAGCGCGCGGAGCGGGAUGCAGAGACUCUUUCGUCUCAUCUCACAAGGCUGGGAUUCAGAAUCAACAACGCCAAAAGCCAGCUGAUUCCGUCCCAGGAGAUAGAGUAUCUGGGCCUGCGCCUAGACUCGGUAACUUACCGCGCCAUGCUUUCGGAGAGAAGGAUUACGGCGUUCGGUCUAUGCCUGACCCAUUUUCGCAAAGGAAACCUGGUCUCGUUCAGAACCUGUCUCCGUCUGAUGGGCAUGAUGGCUUCAUCUCUGUCUGUGAUCCCACUGGGUUUAUUAAAGAUGAGAGAUUUUCAGCGUUGGAUUUCCGCGAAGCGCCUGUGCCCGCGCAGGCACCUCGCGCGCAGGGUACGGGUAUCCACGGAGUGUGUGAUGGCUCUCCACCACUGGAAAACCCCCUGCAUAUUCCGAUCAGGGGCUCCGCUGGGGAGCGUGUCUCUGAGAAAAGUCGUCACUACGGACGCAUCCCUAACGGGAUGGGGAGCCGUAUUUCAGGGCAGAUCGGUGAACGGUCGUUGGACACACCGACUGCGCGAGCUUCACAUAAACAUGCUGGAGCUGAUGGCAGUUUUUCUGGCUUUAAAACAUUUUCUACCAUUCUUGAAGGGUUUUCAUGUUUUAGUCAGGACGGACAACACAACGGUGGUGGCGUACAUCAACCGCCAAGGGGGAACGCGAUCGUUGCAGCUGCACAAUCUAGCGCGCAAGCUGAUUGUCUGGAGCGCCGCUCACUUGAGCUCACUGCGCGCGACGCACGUCCCGGGAGUCAGAAAUGUGGGGGCGGAUCUUCUGUCGAGGGGCAACCCGACGUACGGAGAAUGGGUUCUCCACCCGCAGGUGGUGAAUCAAAUUUGGGAGAUGUACGGCAAGGCUGCCGUAGAUCUCUUCGCCUCGCGGGCAAACGCAAAAUGUCCGCUGUAUUUCUCUCUCGAGGACGAGGAUGCGCCGUUGGGUGUGGAUGCGCUGGCGCACCCGUGGCCAAACGUGCUGCUGUAUGCAUUCCCACCGUUAAGUCUAAUUUCUCCCACCCUGGACAGAGUAAGAGAAAGCGGGUUGUCUCUCCUUCUAAUAGCCCCCCGUUGGCCGGGCAGGCUGUGGUUGGCAGAGAUCGCCGAACUUCUGCAAGGAGAGCCCUGGCCGCUCCCGCUGCGACGGGACCUGCUGUCACAAGCGGGGGCACAGAUAUUUCACCCUCACCCAGAACAAAUCAACCUUUGGGUCUGGCCCGUGAAGGGUUAAAUCUAAAUGCUCUCGGGCUUCCACGGGAGGUCAUAAGCACUAUCCAGAGCGCUAGGGCUCCUUCAACGCGCUCACUGUACGACCUGAAAUGGCGUGUGUUUGAGGACUGGUGCACUAGUGAAGGGCUUAUCCCCUUCCAGUGCUCGGUGAGAGAUAUUCUCUGCUUUUUGCAAAGCUUACUGGAUAAUGGGAGAGCGUUCUCUACCAUUAAAGUUUACCUGGCCGCUAUUUCCGCUUGCCAUGUAGGGUUCGAAGGGGUUUCAGUGGGACGGCACCCCCUUAUAUGCCGUUUUAUGAAAGGAGUGAAGCGCGUGAGACCAGCGGUGAAACGGCUGGUCCCGUCAUGGGAUCUGUCUCUCGUUCUGGACGCUUUAACUCGAGCCCCUUUCGAACCUCUGGAGGAUAUUCCUAUUAAGCUCAUAUCACUGAAGACGGCCUUACUACUCGCUCUAGUCUCAGCUAAGCGAGUGAGCGAGCUGCAUGCUUUGUCGGUGCAUCAAGCGUGCAUGGAUUUUAGCCGGGAUGAUGACAGGGUUAAACUGCUACCAAACCCGGCAUUCGUUCCCAAGGUCAGUGAUUCUGCUUAUAACUGUUCUGCUAUUGAGUUGCAUGCCUUUCACUCCCCUCCGCAUUUGUCAGCGGAGGAGAGUAAGUUACACACUUUGUGUCCCGUACGGGCGUUACGCCUCUACGUGAACAGGACGCGAUCGUUUAGGAGAAGCGAUCAGUUAUUUGUGUCAUGGGCCACUCGCCGUAAGGGUGAGGCUGUUUCAUCUCAACGGCUCUCGCACUGGAUAGUGGAGGCGAUCGAACUGGCCUAUACAUCUAGGGGUCUUCGUUCCCCAGAGGGUUUAAGAGCUCAUUCUUCAAGAGGUAUCGCUACCUCAUGGGCUUUGUUCAGAGGGAUUUCGGUAAGAGAUAUUUGUAAAGCGGCAAGUUGGUCUUCCCCGCAUACAUUUAUCAGGUUUUACCGCCUAGACGUCACCGCGCCUUCAUUGGCUCACGCGGUUCUUAAUGUGUAUCCCUUAUAA